AUGGAAGAAGUAACCCUGAAAGCUGUAAGGGCUACUGCAAGGAGUACUCCAAGAACCAGAAACAAGGGAAAGAAGAUGGGGUUGUUCAACAAGAAGAAGUUGAGGAAUGUGCGCGCUCUUGUUUUCUUGCUCGCUUGCAGCCAACAGUGCACUUUAUCGAGAUGCGAUUUGAGCUCUCGGAAACUUGUCGCCAGCAUAUUCCCCAACUUCAAGUUUAGAUACAUUCCGCCCUCACCAAAGGAGGAAGAUGAGGAGAAAAUAGUGCGCACGUUCCCUGAUGGAACCAAGUACACCAUGAUGACUAGGCUGGGUCAGGACAAGUACAUAUUCAGAUUGCGUCACAACAACACCAAUGGAUUUUACAUGGUGCCUAAGGAAGAGAACCGUAUAGUUCCAUGGUAUCAACAAGAAAAUCCGGUUAUCCCGCUCGUCGAGAGUAUCUUGGAUGUUGUGAAAUGGCAGGCGACGGUGAUCAAGGGAAAACUUUUGAUGUUCGGAGCACAUAUUAUGGGACAAGACGUAGGCUCAAUGUGUGAGUCGGCUGUGCAAGGGAAGUGGCCUUUUUUUUUGGCAAACAAACAGAGUCCAGAGUCCUUCAGGAAGUCUUGCGUGGAUCUGUUCAACUCCUACGUUUCGGAAGCUGCAGACACGAAGAAGUGGCUGAGCAUCAAUGACGAGCACGAGACCCCGGAUGAGAGGCCCCUCCAUGUUCAAAGCGACCUGGAAUGGUCGGAGGAACUGCUGGCAAUAUAUCACAACUUCUCGUGGUUCAGGAGGUACCUAGAGAGAACGUCGAUAUAUGAGGAGCAUGAUGAAAUGGAGGCCAAACUUCAACCAAACUUGUUGUUCGCCACCCAAGAAGACUUGACGGAGAGCCAAGAUGGUAGAUAUCUAGGUUACAUCCAUUUCUCGAGGCUCCCGAACAGACACAUCGCUGAGACCAUUGGGAUCCCGAAAGAGAAUCCUGUCCCAAAGGCGAUUCUGAGCAAGGAAGCAGAAGGGAAGGUGAAGGAGAUGAAUGAUCUUGUAAACGAGUAUGUAAAAGGACAAGACAAGAGAAAACUGUCAAAGAUACAUGAGCUGAUGACCGUCGAGCUGCCGAGAUUGAAGCUUGCAAAGAAGCUGGACAAGGACAUGACGUAUACAGAGUUGAUGCUCAACAGAAGUCUAUGGUCCUUGCAAGAGAUGAACGAGACAGAUGCGUCCUUGAUGAUAGCUUGCGCGAUGGGGGAUCUGAAUACGGUUGUUGAGUUGGUGAAACGAGGCGCAAAUGUGAAAGCCAUGGAUGGGUAUGGAAGAACAGCGUUGCAUUACUGCGCCCUUGGGCCCUCCUUCCAAAGUCGCAUCCCUGCUCUGCUGGUACAACUAGGAGCCGACAUCGACGAGCAAGACGACGAUGGGCAGACACCCUUGAUGGCAGCCGCCAUCUCUGGAGCGUAUCACACGUGCAAGACACUGGUCGAGCUGGGAGCAGAUCUAGAGAGAAGAGGAUGGGGACUGAGGACGAGCCUUCACUGGGCUGCAGAUCUCGGGAUGGUGGAGAUUGUGAAGCUGCUGGUCGAGAACGGAGCGGAUCUCGCUCUCGAGGAUGCACUGGGAUAUGACGUGUUCACGAUAGCCAAAGAGCGGCAGCACAAGACCAUGUUCAAGUACAUCAGGGAGUACAAGGAUACUCACCAAGACAGGUUCAUUCAGACGGAGACAAAACAUAUCUUUGGAGGAGUCUGGUUUGAUCCUACCUUGCAUCCAAAAUCUCCGAUCUGGGAAGAUAUUGCAGAGUUCGAGGAGGAUUGGUACGAGGAGAUGGGACUCCCCAAAGAGCUCGCGGGAAGGAAGGAGUUGCUCAAUUUUUCGCCAAAGGGGAGGAAAAGAUUCGUCGACAAGCACAAGCAUGAGCCUGGAUUCUUGAAUUGGGACAUCCUGAAGGAGAUGAAGAUUGGGAUGGGACCUGGGGAGUACAACAUCUUUGACAAAAUUGACGGAUUCGAAGAGUGA